GGCCUCGGUGCUUCUUCGUUCUGGUGAGGGUCUUCGAUUCGAAACCCUCGUUUUCGGUUAGCCUCUUUCUUCUGUUUUUCUCAGUUUAGUUUCCCUCUGAUCGGACCUCCGGCGCCGGCGGUGGUCGACCAUCUUCCGUCUGAGGCUCCGGCGACCUGACGAUGAGAUCUCGCCAUUUUCUCGCCGGAGAUUUGCCGGAAAUCUGACGGAUCUCUGUCCCCACUGUGUAUGCAUAUGGCAUCGGCGGUUCUGGCGAGUCGAAAUGAGCCGUGUUGGGAAGAACGCAAGGUUUAUAUGAGGAAAUACACCAACUCCAACAAUCGCCGUCCCAAGUUCAAUUCUAACCCUAACCCUAACCCUAACUCAAACCCUAACCAUAGUAGACAGAUUCAUGAGCACCCGUCCGGCAAGGCUCAUGCCCGGCAGACUGAGGGAUCUCCUGCCGCUGCUGUUCCGCCGGCCCCGUCCGACGAUUCCUCUUCUCUCAACCGGAAAUCGAUCAGCCUCAAUGAACGAAAGGAGUCUUCGUCGCCUCACGCCGCGUACGUCACGUUCGAUCUUGCGACGUAUUCGAGGAGAGAGCUGAAGGAGCUCAAGAAGCGGCUGAUCUUGGAGUUGGAACAGGUACGAAACCUGAGGAAUCGGAUCGAGUCUAGAUCUGGAUAUCCCCUGGUUUCUUCUCAGCACUCCGGGAGUUAUGGAGGCAGGGAUGCCACAUCCGCGGUGCGGCCGCCUCCGCUUCAACUCGCAAACUCUUUGGACUCGCAGAGUGUUGCUGCUUCGAAGGAGCGGCGCACUCCGAAGGCGAAUCAGCACCGUACGCCCUCUGAUUUUGUGAUUGGGAAGAACAAGAUCCCGCCUGUCGAGAACCAAAAAGUAUCAGGAACUAAACGGCCUCAGGCGUUUGGUUCUGGCAAGGAUCCGAAACGGCCAGCGCCGGAAUCUGGGGCGGAUAAGCUUGUUUCCAGCAUGAUGAGAAGGUGCGGACAGAUCUUGACGAAGCUGAUGAAGCACAAGCACGGGUGGGUGUUCAACACGCCCGUUGAUGUAGUUGGUUUGGGUCUUCACGAUUACAAUCAGAUUAUCAAACAUCCGAUGGAUCUGGGCACUGUGAAAACAAAGCUCGGCAAGGAUCAGUAUGCGUCGCCGCUUGAUUUUGCAUCCGAUGUUCGAUUGACCUUUAACAAUGCUUUGAUGUACAACCCAAAGGGCCACGAUGUUUACUUCAUGGCUGAGGCACUUCUAUCUCUCUUCGAUGAGAUGUUCAAUCCUGCUUACAAGAAGUUUGAAGAAGAGCAGAGGCGAGUGGUAGCUGUGGAGGAAGCACAAGUGCGACCUAGGGCUUGGGUCCCUAGUCCAACUUCGGCUCCAUCUGUAGCCCCUGCACCUGCUUCUGAGACUCUGAGGAGAGCUGAUCCACCGCAGGUGCAAGCGGCAUUAUCAAAUGCUUCACCGCCGCAGUUACCAGCUGCAGCACCCGCGCCUGCACAAGUACCGGCACAGGCUGCGAAACAUUUGGUGGCGCCCAGAUCGGUGAAAUUGCCGAAGCCAAAAGCAAAGGAUCCGAAUAAACGGCAAAUGAACUUUGAGGAGAAGGCCAAGUUAGGGAUGAAUUUGCAGAAUCUACCGCCGGAAAAGAUGGAUCAGUUGGUGCAUAUUAUAAAGAAGAGAAAUGGGCAUUUGGCACAGGAUGGGGAUGAGAUUGAGCUGGACAUUGAGGCUGUGGACACGGAGACGCUUUGGGAACUUGAUAGGUUUGUGAGCAACUACAAGAAGAUGGUUAGCAAGAUAAAGAGGCAGGGGCUCAUUAAUAAUCAAGUGGCAGCCGCCCAAUUCAACAAGUCUCCGGUGGCAAGCGAUGCCGUAGAAGCCGUGCAGAAGAGCAAGAAAGUUGGGGAGGCAGGGGAGGAGGAUGUUGACAUUGGAGAAGAUAUCCCAAUGGGCAACUUCCCACCCGUGGAGAUCGAGAAGGAUACUGGUUAUGCCAGCAGCAGGUCCAGCAGCUCAAGCAGUUCAAGUUCUAGCAGUGAUUCCUCGUCUAGCGGUACUGGACUUCUUGCCCAUUCUUGCCAUUUAUUUCUCUUUGGAUCGUUUUGUUUUGCUGUAGCCGUUGUUGCUAACCUGGGGAAGCAUGACUGGUGUAAUUGCAGAUUCUGAUUCGGGGAGUUCUUCCGGGAGUGAUUCCGAUGCUGAUAGUGUACAGUCACCUUUUGUUGAAUCUAAAGAAGCUCCUGGGACCUAGCGCCGCGAGGGCUUGAUGGGGUGUUGUGAGAAAUCACUAUUGUGGGAAGCCGCAGCAGCAGCCUUCAGGUUGGAGAGGUACUAAAUCCGUAUAAAUGCCAUCUCAAUUUACUGCUUCGUGAAGUAAAAUUGGGGAUUGCUGGAAGAAAUGGCUGGCAUAGAUGGAAGGAAUGACAAUUGAUUCGACAAUGUAUUCCCCCCACCCAACCCCCGGGGCCGCGGCCGCGGGGGCGGGGGUGGUUUAUGAGGGUUGUUGGGCUCGAUGAUUCUGUACCAAUUGCAAAAAGAGGAUUGACCCUCAGGCAGGCAGGCAGGCAAAGAAAGGUUUUAGGAGAAGUGGAGAAUGUGGAAGAGAUAGGGUUGAGAUUUGUAGAGGGGCGUGUUCUUGGUAUUUUGUUCUUUUUGAAAAAAAAUGAGAGAAUAGUGCAAGUUAUUAGGCUGGGUAGUUUUUUGUGGGGGAGGAAAACCCUAACAGGAGGAGGAUGGGAUGGGGGUCGUGGUGGAUUUAAUUUUUUUUUUGGGGGGGAGGGGGUUUGUAAAAUAGAAGAAAUAUAUGGCCACAUGAAUGGGUUUCAGAGUGGGCGAAGAAGCGUAGCAGAGAAGCACCAUGUACAGAAAGAGAGAGGAGGGAGCGACGAGAGAUUAGAAGCGUAGCAGAGAAGCACCAUGUACAGAAAGAAGAGGGAGCGAGUAGGAGAUUAGAUCAGAGAAAGCAAAAGAUAAAAGACGGAGGAGGGUUUCUUUUACCCUUAUUGCAUCGGCAUGUGGCUCUCUCUCUCUCUCUCUCUCUCUCUCUCUCUCUCUCAAUAUUUGUUUUUUCACCCUUUUUCCCCUCGAGGGGGGAGCCGACGACGACUUUUCUCUUUUUCUGUUUCUACGCUCCCACCCACCCCCUUUUGUUAGUACAUUUUUCCUCAGCUUGUACCCCAUUUCUUUUCUUUUCUUUUCUUUUCUUUAUAUAUAAGAAAAAAAAAGAAAGAUAAAAUUGAAAUCCUAUUGUGAUUUUUAA